AUGCAAGUCCCACCAUAUGCUGAAUGCGAGAAGGUGUCUCGCAACUACAAGGUCAAGGAGCAGCACUUUACUGAUUACAUCGAGGCGGCAGGCGUCCUUUCAGAGGAUGCGGGUAUCACCUUCGACAAGCGGAUCCAAGGGGGCUGUUCGGGGAGGAGGCCCGACAUCUUCGUGGACUUGUAUACUCAUACGGUGCACUGUGAGAACGACGAAGAUCAGCACCGGAGCACUACGUGUGAGAACAAGAGGCUGAUGGAGCUCUUCCAGGAUGCGGGCAACCGCCCCCAGGUGCAGCUCCGGUUCAAUCCAGACGGGUUCACAUCUGCGGACGGGACCAGAUACCCAAGCUGCUUCAAGCACAACAAGAUCGGAGUGCCAGUGAUCCGGGACCAAUCUAUGUGGGAGGCCCGCAUGAGCGCACACAUCGAGCGUCUGCGUUAUCAUCUCGCGCACGUGCCCGAUCGCGAACUGACUGUGGAGCAGAUGUUCUAUGACGGGUUCGAAUGGAAGAGCGAUGCUGGAGGUGGUUCGGUAGGACGAAAGCGGAAACGGAGCUAG